AUGAACGGAACAAAUAAGCGUCUUUAUACCAGAGAAAAUGAGUUUUGUUUACCAAGGUAUUUAAACACUGUUCAACCUUCCAAAUGGAGGGCAUUACGAAGCACAUGGCGAUUUAUUCAAAAUGCAAAGAAACAUGUCCGCCCUGUGGUGAGAUUCCGAAGGUUAGCCCGCCUAGCUGUUAUAUGUUGCAGACUCUGUCAGGAAAGUCGCGAAAGUGUAAAUGCGUCGAAGGCAGAGUAUUUAUCCGUGAUACAGGUAUCCCAGGACUACGCCCAGCUGGACAGAGGUGGACUUUUCUUCGAUCCUAGCGAGUUCAAAGCUAAUAAACAGAUCCGAAUGCCGCAGGAAGCUAAAAGGAUUCUGCAUGACAAUCCGCGCAAAAGAACAAAACAAGAGAUAGACUAUCUUCGUAUCGUAUUGAGAGGAAUCAAAGCGUUUGCAGAAUAUCCACAGAAAAUGCAGCGACAACUCUGUAAAGUUGGCUGGUUCGAAUCGUAUGAACCGCGUCGUGCAAUCAUUCGACAGGGACAUCGCCCUCAAUCAUUCUACUUCAUCCUCAACGGAACAGUAAUCGUUACGGCGUUUGAUAAGGACAAUGGCGGUACCAAGCUAUUAGUCAGUCUUCAUCGGGGGAUGUCCUUCGGGGAACUAGCUGUGAUCUCCCAGAGCAGGAGGCAAGCCACAGUUAGUACACAGACUGCUACAGAGCUGCUUUGUAUAUCUGGUGAAGAUUUCGAAGAUAUAUUUAUGGCGGGUGGUAAAAAGACGGUAACCGACCCCGAUCACAACACUUUCAUCCAGAAUAUACGGUUUCUGAAGAACUGGCCUGUCCAUCUACUUGCACAAAAUCCAAAUGCAUGCAUGUUCCAUUAUUUCAACCGUGGUCAAGUGCUUGUCCGUGACAGUAACCACUCAGAGUGGAUAUACAUUGUAAAAUCGGGAAGCUUAUCAGUAUUAAAGAAACUGAAAGAAGUGCUGCCACAAACAGAAGAUGAAAUCAUGGUAUCUGAUCCAAAUUAUAAAAGGAAAAAAGAUAAAAAGCGCAAACCAUACGGCACAUGGCAACGACGAUCUUACCAAAAAAGGCAACGGAGUCUCACGCUAUCUUCAAGGGGAUCUGAGCCCUCGGAGACCUGGAAGGGUUGGGAGUCAGAACCGGGAGCGUAUAAAUCCCAAUACGAAAUGGAAAGGCGACUGGAGCAGAGUUUACCAGGUUUAAACAACCCCAAUGAGAGAUUGGGCGUUCUGAACUACGACACAAUCAUUAACAAGCACAAGGCUAGAAUCAAUGCCAGCAAGCGUUUGAGUGACGACGAAGAAGAUUUCAAAUUACCUCCAUUACCAAAUGAAGAUGGACCACCAAAAGAAAACCAUGAAAAAGAUGAAGAGGAAUCUGAAAUGAGUAGUCAAAGAGUCCGUCUACCAAAUAUACGCAAAACCUCGAAGGGGGCAUAUCUAUCAUCUGGUAAGCCUAGUAGAAAAAUUAGCAAAAAGGAACAAGAACAGAAUAUUAAAGAAGAAAUUCAGAAAAGAGAGCAAGAAUUAUGGAUAAAAAAAGCAACACAAGAAGAGGGCAGGAAGACAAUCGCAGAGGAGUUCGACAACAAGCCACCAACUGAUUAUAAACUCACUGAGGCUGAUCUACAUCCAAUGUUUAUCCUAGUCAAAGUCCUGGAGAGGGGCCAAUAUUUCGGUGUUCAUAGUGUAAUAGGAACGGAGACUCAGCCGUCCUUCAGUGUGGUUAGUAACGGUGCUGAAUGCAUUAUGAUCUCAAAGAAAUUUUUUAAGGAGAAAUCCUCCGAAGCUGUCAAAAGAAAUCUCGAGGAAUGUGAGAGCCGGUUUCCAUCUGACGAGGCCUUGCAAAAAUCUCUACAAAACUACGUUAACUGGGAGGCAGACAGAAAGAAAAUGUAUCUUAGCGUCGUGAAUGACAAACAGAGGAGGAAAGAAAAACGACGGCAAUAUUUACCACAGUAUACCGGUCAAUAUUGCUUCCGGACAGGCCCAGUAUGA